AUGACACGCCACACUCCUUCCAAUAAGCAUGGGGAUAACCAUGAGAUUGAUGUAGAUCGUGCCAUGACCAAUGAAGCUGCUCACCAACAUACUGAAGAUGAUGAAGUUGAUGCCUUGUACGGCAAUAUGGAGGACUUAAAGAAGUUGAUUACUGGGGAAGACAAUCAUGAAUCUGGUGGUGAUGAUGCCAAUGAGCAACUUGACAUUGAAUUUAGUUCGGAUAAUGAAUCAGAUAUCUCUGAGAGAGAUGAUGCUUUGUUGGCUGAAUUCUCUGAUUAUGGCGAAGUAUCAGAGGAUGACGAAGAGAACUUUAUGGAUGCCAUUAGAGAAGCCAAUAAUUUCAAGGUGAGAAGGAAAACUAAGGAUAAGAAAAGUCAUAAAAAGGAUAAAAAACCUAAGACUGGUGGCAGGGGGAGACCUCGUGUAGUAGAUCCUGAAGUGGCUCAAUUAUUAUCCGAAGCAAACGAGGCAUUUGUUAGAAACGAUCUUAUAGUUGCAGAAAGAUUAUACAACGAAGUGAUUAAGAAGGAUGCUAGAAAUUUUGCAGCCUAUGAAACAUUGGGUGAUAUAUACCAAUUACAAGGUAGACUAAAUGAUUGUUGUAAUUCGUGGUUUUUAGCAGCGCAUAUAAAUUCUACAGAUUGGGAAUUUUGGAAAGUAGUGGCAAUUUUAUCAUCAGAGUUGGACCAUAUUAGGCAAGCCAUCUAUUGUUUCUCUAGAGUAAUUCAUUUAAAUGGUGAAGAAUGGGAAAGUCUUUACCGUCGGUCUCUGCUUUAUAAGAAAAUUGGACAAAUCGGUAGGGCACUAGAAGGAUUCCAAAAAUUGUAUCAAUAUAACCCAUUUGAUGGGAAUAUUUUAAGGGAAUUAGCCGUUCUUUACGUUGAUUAUAAUAGACUGGAUGAUGCUAUCGAUCUGUAUAUGAAAAUAUUUGAGUCAAAUGUCGAGAGGAGAAAUGCUAUUAUCAGCGCAUCAGAAAAUGCUGUGGAAUCAUCAGAUGAAGGGUCACAGGAUGAAGACAAAGAAAAUGACGAAGAGGAUAACGAAUAUUUAGACGAGAUGAUUGAAUCCAAUGAAAAGAAACAGUUGUAUCCUAAUGUAAAUUGGAAAAGAAUUAACUCCAAGUAUAGAUGUUUGCCGUUUGAUUGGUCAUCUUUGAAUAUCCUCACCGAAUUGUUUUUAAAAUUACCCAUCGGUGGUAAUAGUGGUAUUAGUACGAUCAAGAGAUGCGCUAGAUGGAUUGAAUAUCGUGAAUUACAAACUUAUUGGGAUGAUAUGAAUGAUGAUUCUGAAUUUGAUGAUAGACGGUUUAAAAAUGGUAAAUUUGAUGCGCAAUCUGUUAUAGAGCAAAACAAAGCUUAUAGUUUACCCAUUGAUAUUCGUAUAAGAUUAGGACUGUUAAGAUUGGAAAACGAGAAUUACUUAGAGGCAAUGAACCAUUUCCAAUUUUUAUAUGAUGAGAAUUUUGAAGAUAUUAUGGAUUUGUAUUUAGAGGUUGGUCUGGCCUUGACCAAAGUGGAAAAAUAUAAAGAAGCCAUUGAUUUCCUAUCCCCUUUAUUAAACGUGGAAGAAUAUUGCACUAUUGAAUUAUUGGAACCUCUAGGUAGAUGUUAUAAAGAAAUUGAACAAUAUCCUCUGGCAAAGGAGUAUUAUGAGAGAGUGAUUCAAGAGAGUCCUGAGAACGUGGAGUUUAAUUUAGCUUUGGCUGAAAUCAAUUAUCAAUUGGGUAAUAUCGAUGAGUUUAAAAAGUUAUUAAAGAAAUCUGUUAAGCUAAGAAGGGAACAAGAAGAUGAAUUACAGGGAACAAUCAAUAAACCAUUAGAUGAACCUUCCAAUGGAGAUAAUGGCGCAGAACCUUCCAGUAAACCAUUAUUAGAGGAUAGUUUGUAUCGUAAAGUUUCAGGGUAUAAGAAAAAGAAGACUCCACAAGAUUUAGAAAGAGAAAAAAUUGAAAGGGAGAGAAGAAUUGUAAGUAAAGUGUUGCAAAAAUACGGUAAAUUACCUGAAUAUAAGAAUGGGAUGAAUACUGGAAAUAAAAGGUUUACAUUAUUAUGGAUUGACACUGUGUCUGAUCUUAUCGAUGUAUUUUCCAGUGUUCGUAAUUUUUUUAUGAAGAAUCGUUCCAAGAAAUUUGUUGGUGUUAUUAGAAGAAGUAAGAAAUACACAACAGAGAUUGAUUAUAAGAUUGAACGGUUGUCUAAAUUAUCUGAAGGUGAUGCCUUGCUGGAUGGGUUUCCCAUAAUGGAUGAACGUGUUGUCCUAACAUCAAGUAAUGAGUUGAGAGGGCUUACUUAUGAUCAAUGGUUUGAAUUAUUUAUGGAAUUAGCAUUAAUGAUUACAAAGAAUCAAAGUAUUGAAGAUGGGUUAAGUGUUAUUGAAACUGCACAAGAAGUUAAUAUUUUUAAUCAGGACGUGGAAAGGGUGAAGAUGAUGAAAUUUGUUAAGUUGGCUAUUGUUCUGCAAAUGGACAAUUCUAAAUAUGAUCCUCGAGAACAUGAAGAAUUGAUCACUGAACAUUUGAGAGGAUUGUUAAAUCAAUUUCAAUUCAAUAGGAAAGUGCUACAAUUAUUUAUGUUUUGUCUAAAUCAUGGUAAGAUUUCAUUGAACAUCUUGAGCUCCACGGUUCAACAAAAAUUCUUCCUAAGGCAGUUAAAGGCAUAUGAUAGUAUUAGAUAUGAUACACAUGUUAAUGGACAAGCUUCCAUCACGAAUAAGGAAGUGAUCAAUACUGAGAAAAAGAGUUCACCAUACUUAUAUUACAUUUAUGCCACGUUGCUAUACUCCAGUAAGGGGUUCUUAUCCUCUUUACAAUAUUUGAGUUGGCUGGAGGAUGAUAUUGGUGAUGAUCCAAUGGUUAAUUUGUUGAUGGGGUUAAGUCACUUACAUCGUUCGAUGCAAAGAUUGACAGCUAAUCGUCAUUUCCAAGUGUUACAUGGGUUGAGAUAUCUUUUCCAUUAUCAUGAGAUUCGUUCUUCACGUUACAGUGAAUUAGAGAGACAAGAAGCCGACUACAAUAUUGGCAGAGCGUUCCAUUUAAUCGGGUUGGUGUCAUUGGCGAUCGAUUAUUAUAAUAAGGUGCUGGAUAAUUAUUCCGACGAAAUGUUAAAGAAGCAUGCUGCUUACAACAGUAUUAUGAUAUAUCAAGAAAGUGGUAACAUGGAAUUAGCGAAUUCAUUAAUGGAGAAGUAUUUAAGUAUAUGA